UCUUCUUUGGCAGAAAAAUUUGGAAGAAGAAAAAAUGUCAGCUUUUUCUUCUUCUUCUUCUUCUUCACUUCAUUUCUUCACUCAAAAGCCUAAAUUCUCAGUAGUAGAGCACAUUUCUUCAAGUAUUACCAAUACCCAUUUCAAUUUCAAGAUUAAUAACUCCAUAAAACCCAUAAAAUCGAAACCCCAUUUCCCCAUUUCUUCUCUUUUAGCUUCUUUCAAUCGAAUUUCAACCCAUUUUUCUACUUCUGCUGUGUCUGAUGAAGCUGAGGUUGUUGGAUUAGAUGAGGAAGCUGAAUUGUCAGCGGAAGAGGAAAUUGAAGAAGAUGAAGAGAAUGAGGGAGGUGAGAGUGUGGAGAAAGAAGGAAAUGGGGGUGUUGAUGAGCCUAAAUCGAUUGAAGAUGGUAGAUUGUAUGUGGGUAAUUUGCCAUUUUCGAUGACACCUUCUCAAUUGUCGGAAAUCUUUGCUGAAGCUGGUAAAGUUGCUAAUGUUGAGAUCGUUUAUGAUAGAGUUACAGAUAGAAGUCGUGGAUUUGCAUUUGUUACAAUGGGAAGUGUUGAAGAAGCAGAGGAGGCAGUUCGGUUGUUUGAUGGAUCUCAAGUUGGAGGUCGUACAGUCAAGGUGAACUUCCCCGAGGUUCCAAGAGGAGGUGAAAGGGAAGUAAUGAGUGCAAAGAUAAGAAGCACCUAUCAAGGUUUUGUAGAUAGCCCUCACAAACUAUACGUUGCGAAUCUUAGCUGGAACCUCACUUCUCAAGGUCUGAAAGACGCUUUUGCUGACCAGCCAGGAUUCUUGAGUGCAAAAGUCAUCUAUGACAGGGCCUCGGGAAGAUCUCGAGGUUUUGGUUUUAUUACAUUUUCUUCAGCUGAAGCAAUGAACAAUGCACUCGAUACCAUGAAUGAAGUGGAUCUUGAAGGACGGCCAUUGCGACUAAAUAUAGCUGGGCAGAAAGAUCCAGUAUCUUCUCCACCAGUAGUCGAAACAAGUGAUUCUGAGAACAGUGAAAUACUCUCUAGUCUUGGCUCAUAAGAUCAUCGAGAUUCAUAGCAGCAUCGACAAUUUGGAGAUAUGUAGAGUUUUAUAUUCGACGGAGACAUGCUUUUUCCAGCUUAUGUAACUUUGAUGCAGGUAAGCUGUGUUACUACAUUGCCUAUACAUUUUCUAAAAUGCAUAUUGUAUUUUGAUUGUAAUACAACUCAUCACUAGAAUCAAUAGAGAUAACUCUUUGUAAAAUGCUCAUAUAUUCUACUACUUGUUCCUCCCUUUA